UAUUUGAACCUUUUUUCUACCACCGAACUAACAUUCUAUCUCUUUUUUCUUUUCUCUUUCACAUCAUCCAUGUGGUUUUUUCCAAAAGUAAGAAAUUAACAGGUGAGAUGCUAGGUGUUUUUCAGGUAUAAUAGAGAAAAAAAAGAGAGAAUUCUUCGUUGUAAGUUUUAUCUUUCGGAUAAAACACAAAGAAAAAAAGGGAGAAGAAAUUUCUUAAUAAAAAAGUCAAAUCAAUGAAGUCAAAAGCAAAGGGCUCCUCUAACUUGAUUAGAAGAUAAAGACUUUAUUGGAGACAAUAACCUCAGUGCAGUUCCAAGACUUCUUCAGGAAGACAUGGAAUCUGAAUGAAUCAAUCUUGGAUGAGUUGGAAACUACGUUGUUGACUCUUCAGGCUGUCCUCAAUGAUGCAGAACAGAAGCAGAUUACCAACCCUUCAGUCAAAGAAUGGCUUCAGAGGCUAAAAGAUGCAGUGCAUGAAGCAGAGGACUUGUUAGAUGAAGUCAACACUGUGGCAUUAAGGCACAAUUUGGAGGAUCAGCAUCCACAUCAAUCUGUUGCCGGCAAGGUAAGGAGAUUUCUUUGUUCUGGUUUUCGGUUUCACAGGGAUAUGAACUCAAACUUAGAGGCCUUGUGCCGAAGGCUUCGACUAUUUGCUGCACAGAAAAAUGGUCUUGGCUUGCAACUUGUUAGCAUGAGGGUGUUGGUUAGAGCACCAACAAGUUCUGUGGCAAAUGAGUUGGGUGUAGUUGGUAGAGAUGGUGAUAAGGAAAAAUUGAUGAGUUUUCUGUUAACAAAUGAUGCAAACGGCAACAAUAACAGAAUAGGGGUGAUUACAAUUUUUGGCAUGGCUGGUGUUGGCAAAACCACCCUUGCACAGCUUUUGUACAAUGAUCCUAGAGUUGAAGAGAAUUUUGAUCUGAAAGCAUGGACAUCUGUUUCUGAAGUAUUUGAUGCCACUGUGGUAACAAAAGCCCUUCUGGAGUCACUGGCUUGUAAGCAUUUUGAAGGCGAUAAUCUAGAUUUUCUCCAAAUUGAAUUGAGGCAAAUGGUUAAGGGGAAAAAGUUCUUGUUUGUGUUGGAUGAUCUUUGGAAUAAUAAAUAUGUGGAGUGGGAUCACUUGCGAGCGCCUUUUAGUGAGGGAAAACAAGGGAGUAGGAUCAUCAUCACAACUCGCCAAAGAGAUGUUGCUAAAAUGACACACACAUUCCCAAUUUACCAUUUAGAACCAUUGUCCCAUGAAGAUUGUUGGUCACUGCUGUCCAAGCAUUCAUUCGAAAACACUGAUCCUAGAAGACAACCCAGGUUGGAAAUGAUUGGCAGAAAAAUUGCAGACAAGUGUGGUGGCUUACCUAUAGCUGCAAAGACAUUAGGAGGCAUUUUGAGGUCCAAAGUGGAUGAAAAUGAAUGGACCAAUAUUUUAAAUAGUAACAUCUGGGAGCUACUAAACGAUGAUAUUCUACCUGCUCUUUGGUUAAGCUAUAUCUAUCUCCCUGCUUGUUUAAAAAGAUGUUUUGCUUAUUGUUCAAUUUUCCCGAAAGGGUAUCCUCUGAAUAAGAAACACGUAGUACUACUUUGGAUGGCAGAGGGUUUGCUCCAACAAGGCCAGGAGAAAUCAAUGGAAGAAAUGGGUAAUCAAUAUUUUGAUGAGCUAUUGUCAAGAUCAAUAAUUCAACAAGAGGGAGAGUGUUAUGUAAUGCAUGACUUAAUCAAUGACUUGGCCACAGUUGUGUCAGGAAAGAGUUGUAACAGGUUUGAGGGCUCUGAAAUAACAGAAAGCGUCCGGCACUUUUCCUAUUCCAGAGGUAAGUAUGACUCUUCGACCAAAUUUGAAAGUUGUUAUAGAGCAAAAUGCUUGAGGACGUUCCUCCCAAUGCCGUUGACUGAUGAUCCAACUUUAUGGUGGUAUUGGAAGCAUUACCUGACCAAAAGGAUCACACAUGAUUUCCUGCUCAGACAAAGACGCCUGCGAGUGCUAUCAUUGGCGAACUAUGAUAACAUCAAUGAAUUGCCUAAUUCAAUAGGUAAUUUGUUACACUUGAGGUUCUUGGACCUCUCUUUUACUCCAAUCAAAAGGCUGUCUAGUGCAAUAUUUAAGCUUUAUAAUCUUCAAACAUUGAGAUUGUUAUACUGUCAGAACCUCAGUGAAUUGCCUGCAGACAUAGGAAACUUGGUUAAGUUGCGUCAUCUCGAUAUCACUGGCACGAAGUUGAAGAUGUCAAGACAGAUAACAACCUUACAACACCUCCAAACCCUGAGUACUUUUGUUGUUGACAAACAAUGUGAGGGACUAAAGCUUAAAGAUAUGCGAUGCUUCCCGAAACUGCAGGGAAAACUAUCAAUCAUGGAACUGUGCAAUGUGGAUCAAACAAUAGAUGCACUUGAAGCAAACUUGAAGAACAAACAGUUCAUCGAGGAGUUGGUGUUAGAUUGGAGCAAGCAAGCUGAUCAAGGUUUAGGAACUGAAACUGAGGUCCUUGAGCAUCUGCAGCCAUCAAGAAACAUAAAGAAGUUCAUCAUAGAGUCCUACAAUGGAACCAAAUUCCCAAGUUGGUUUGCAGAUUCUUCAUUUUCGAAUAUUGUGUUCUUGUCUAUUAGUGGCUGCAACUAUUGCUUAUUUCUCCCACCACUUGGACAACUGCCUUCUCUCAAGGAACUUUAUGUUACAAGGAUGAAAACGAUAAAGAUUAUUGGUCCUGAGUUUUAUGGUACUUCUAGUUCUUCCUCUCCUUUUCAACCAUUUCCAUCCCUUGAGAUCUUAUCAUUUGAGGAAAUGCUAGACUGGGAGGAAUGGCAUGUGUUCAGUAUAGAAGGCUUAGAGUUCCCUUUUCCAUCUCUUAAGCAUCUACGUUUGUACAAUUGUCCUAAGCUGAAGGGUCAUUUACCGCGCCAUCUUCCUUCUAGUUUGACUGAUGUUAACAUAUCAUACUGUGAUCAAUUGGAAGCAUCUACUCUACAUUGGAUUGCAUCAACUAAAAGUUUGACUAUCAUUGAUGGGGGUCAACAUCUUUUGCCAAUCCUUGAGACAGAUUCGCAGUGCUCGCUGUCCUACAUGAAGAUCGAAAGGAGUGAUAGGCUGACAUCUUUUCCCAGAAUGGUUCUUAGCAGCCAUUGUCUCAGUGACUUGUAUCUUACCAAAGUUCCAUCUUUUACCUCUUUCCCAACCGAAAGCAUGCCGUCUUUGCGAACAUUAAUGCUAUCAGAAUGCAAGAAUUUGGAAUUCCUACCUGAUGAAGCUUGUAGGAAUUACAGUUCACUUGAGAAUUUGAUGAUUUGGGAUAGUUGUCACUCUCUCAGUUGCUUUCCAUUUGGAUCUCUCCCUGUACUCAAAUAUCUUCAUAUUUGGGGCUGCCCCAAUCUCAUAUCAAUUUCUUUUUCAAGUGUUGACAGUUAUGCACAAAAUUUGUCAAAUCUUCAAAUAUUGAGAAUAAGCAACUGUCCUAAUCUGGAAUCAUUUCCUCAAGGUGGAUUGUCCACUCCCAACCUAAUGGAAUUCAAGGUCAUUAAUUGUGGGAAGCUAAACUCACUACCGGAACGGAUGAACAUUCUCUACGCUCUUCAAGAUUUAGAUAUCUCUAAUGUUCCACAACUUGUGUCAUUUCCUCAAGGUGGCUUGCCGCCGAAGCUACGAUCCGUGUUCAUAGGCUUUUGCAAAAGUCUAUCACCCGUGGCUAUAUCUGAGUAUGGUUUCCAGUGGCUCAGUUCUCUUUUGAAGCUUGGAAUUGGAGGUGAUGAUCUUGUUCAAUCAUUCCUGGAAGAAAAUUCAAAUGCAUUUCAACAUCUCACCAUUCUUCAAGAGCUUCACAUCCUAAGGUGUUCAAAGAUUGAGUCCUUGCCUGAAGACAGGUUACCUUCCUCUCUUUUAUUAUUGAGGAUUCAGGAUUGUCCCCUUCUAGAAGCAAGGUACAAUAAUAGGAGAAAGACACAUUUCUCUAAGAUUUCUCACAUACCUACCAUAAGAAUAAAUGAAGAUGUCAUAAUAUAAGAUGUCAAAUGGAAAGGAAGAAAAGGUUACUGAAAAGUAGAAAGGUAAGGGCUUCAAUUCAGUUCAAUAAUAUGACAAUUGUUCAUUAUUCAUUAUCUGUUAAUGCCUCUGUUUCUUUGUUCCAUGUUCAAAGAGACUAAGUAUUAGAGUUGU